UGUUGUUUUUUUGGCUGUUAAAAGCAUCACUUACACUGGUGAAUCAUGGGAAAUGAACCUUUGUGGAGCUGUGGCAGAGCUCAGGUAGGAACGUAUCCAUCAGCUCUGAAGUUCCUUCUACUUACUUUUGAUUUAUUGAUUGAUUUUUGUUUGUUCAUCUCAACCUGAACAGACUUGAACACUGAAGGUUUGUGUUUCAGUUGGUUUUGAUUUUGUCUAACGGAGGCUGAGCCGUCGCAGCGCUGAAGGCUGACGCUGUGCACAGCGGCUCUGACAGUCAUCCACUCCAGCAGCUUAACAAAUAGGAUUAGAGCAGAGAGAAGAAAAAAAAAAAUCUCCCCCGCAAAGUCCCAUCUGCUCACCUGAGAGGAAGCAACGAGCAAGCCCGGCGACACCGCGUCAGGACCGUCCCGAGCUUUGGACAGUAUCCCUCUAGUUCCUCUUUUCUUCUGACAAACGGCAUGCGAUCUAGUGGAUGGAUGACUGCGAGCAGGACGCCGCUGUGGAGGCAGAAAUAAGCAGCGAGUCCGGAGCCGGAGCUUUGGAGGAGGAGGUCUAGCUUUUUUCUACAAAUGGCUGGAAAGUGUGGGAGGUUGGCGCUGUGGGCGCUCGGGGCCAUGCUGCUGUCUGAAUGCAUCUCAGUGGAAACAGAUGCCACUCGUGAGCGGAAGGCGCAGUCGGAGGAGCGUGGAGGAUAUUUGGGCGAGUUGGAAUCUGAAGGCCUGCAGACUUCUUCGGAUGAGCUGUUGUUCAGGCGACACGGUGCUCUGACUCGAAGGAAAAGGAAUAUUCUGUUUCCCAGUGGAGUCAAACUCUGCAGUCAGGAGACCUUCGACCAGGCCGUCGCCAACCACUUCAACUACUUUCACCUCAGAGUGUGUCAGGAGACGGUGUGGGAAGCCUUUAAGAUCUUCUGGGACCGGCUGCCGGAGCGGGAAGAGUACCAGGACUGGGUCGGUCGCUGCAUGGACGGCAGCAUCAGCGUCAUGGAGAUCGGCAGGUUCUUCAGCCAAUCAGAAGAGCACAUCAGCCUCAUCAGGAGCAGAGUUACCAUGGCUGCGGCGAUGAACAGUGUGCCCAACACCUCAGGCCCUCCUCCAUGCAGCUCUGAAACUACGACCGUCCAGACCGGAGGAUCAGUGACGGAGACGCUGCCAGGCGACGAUGUCAUCUUUAUUGGAUCGGAGACUACCUCAACGGACCGGGGCGACUUUUCGCCCGACUACAUGGUCACUGCUUGGACCCCUCCACUUUCUGCAACUGAAGGGUCGGUUCAAGAGGCUCCUGCUAUAACACUGACAGAUGUUCCUGUGGAUUUGACCUCUGACCUUGCUGUUGCUGCUGUACCACAAGACACUGAAGAUGUCCAGGAGACUGGAGGUGGCACUGACACUGAGCUUCUCUCUGAAUCUGAUGAAGCAGUUGUUGAGGAAGUUGCUGAAGAUACUGUGGAGGUUUCCACAGACUCAGUUACCCACAAACCAGUGGGAGAAGACAAAACUGUCCUAGAUGUAACAGAAGAGGAGGUGGUAGUUGAAGAUGACAAGAUCCUUGAGAUCAUUUCAGAAGACGUGGAUGUACCUGAUUCAGAGGUGAUUCAAAAAGAAGAAGAGGAGCCACCCUCAGAGGUUGUAGCUGAAGAAGUCUUCACAGAUGCUGCUGUUGUGGUUCUUCCAAAGCCUACAGCAAUACCUGCUACAGAAGCUGUCACUGUGGGGGAAGUAGAGCAGGAAGUACCUCUAGAGGCUGCUGCUGAGGUUCCUUUAGAAGUCGUGACAAAGCGAAUCCCAGAGACUGCAGAGGAUAUAGUAGUCCCAGAAGACGAAGAAGUUGAAGACAAUUCUUUAGGUACCACCUCAGACGUAACCUUAACUGAUGAGGAUUCACCAGAGCCAGUUGAUCAAACAGUACCUGAUGGGCCUGAAGAACCUGAAGGUGAUAUACAGAAACCACCUGUAGCACACCCUUCAGAUGAAACUCCAACUAUAUUUCUAAUAACAGAUUCAGAAGAAGAAGAACCUAAGACAUUCAUAAAUGUGACUCCAGAACAGGAAUCUGUCUCAGAAGUAGAGACAGAGGUUCCCUCCCAGGCCUCUAUUCUGACCACAACAGACAAGAUAACAGUAGAAGUUAGAGAAGACAUUGAUGAGGACAAAGCUCCAGAAGACAAACCGUCUCUAAAGGCCGAGGUAACUUCUGAGCCUGUCGUUGUGAUCUUACAAGAUGAUAAGGAUGAAGACACUUCUCAUGUCACUGAGGAGGUACCACCAAAUACUACAGAGGGAGUGAUAGAGGCAACAGAAGAAGAUAAACCUGAGGAGGAAGUAAAGGACAUAGUACCAGAGGCAACAGAAAAGCCAGAAGAAGAGGUACAAUUAGAAGUCACACAUGAAGAGGCUACACUGGUUAUCGAAGAUGACACAACCGAAGCUGCUGUUGAAGAAGAGUCCGCAGAAGACGUAACGAUAAAGACCGAUGUGAAAGAGCUAAUUGAGACUUUUGUUGAAGAAACAGCAGAAGAAGAGAUAGUUGAAACAGAAGAUCCCUCUGUGUCACAGGAGGAAGUGGUACCAAUAGGAGGAGAUGUAGCAGAAACGGCAGAGGAACAAGUACCUGAGGAAGCAGAGGAGGCAACUGUUACUGUAAAGGAUACAGUAGAAGUUCCAGUUGAUGUCACACCAGACACAGAAGAGGAAGAACCUGUUGAUGCAGCAGAAGAAACAGCAAUUGUUGAAGAAGGGACGGUAAAAACAUUCGACACUACAGAAGAGACAGAGGAGGGAACAGCUGAGGUUGUGGGAGAGCCAGAAGAAGGUACACCCGGGGAACCUAUGGAACCUGUAGAGGAAGAGGAAGGAGAUGUAAUGGAAACUGUAGAAGAUGCAGAACCUGCCAUAAAAACUGCACAAGAACCAGAAACUGUAGAAACUGUAGAACCUACAGAAGAUGCUGCAAAGGAAGCAGAAAAAGAUCAAGAAGUGGAAGCUAUAGAAACUGUAGAAGAGACACAGCUCAUGGAAGAACCAGCAGAACACAUAGAGGAAACUUUAGAAGAGACAGAACCUACAGGUGAACCAGCACAGGAAACAGAACUUGUAGAAGAGUUGGCAGAAGAAAAGGAACCUACAGAAGAACCAGCACAAGAAGCAGAAUUUGUAGAAGAAUUGGCAGAAGAGAAGGAACCUACAGGGGGAACGGCACAAGAAGCAGAACCCGAAGUAACUGAUGAGGAUAAAACAGAUCUUGGCAUAACAUCUGUAGAUAAAAAACACGAAGCAGCCGGAGGGGAACCAUUGGGGGAUAGAGAAGAGGAACCUUCUGAGGAGAUACCAGAGGAAGAAGUUGAUGUCGGGGAACCAGAAUUUACAAAGGAGGAGACCAUUGAUGAGGCCCCUCCAGAGCCUGAUGAGGAGAUUACUCCAGUUAUUGUUGUUGUUCCAGAAGACACGGAGGGAUUAUCACCAGCAACUGAAAUGGAGGUAACAGUGGAACCUCCAGGAGACUCUGAGGUAGAAGUUCCUCCAGAAACUACCAAGGAGGGCACAACACAGGUGGCUGAGCCAGAACCCGAAUCUUUUCCUGAAGUUGAGAAAGAAAUUGUCCCAGAAGCUCCAAGUGAAACAUCUCCAGAAGUUGUGACUGAAUCCCAUCCAGGCACAACUUUAGUGGUAGAACCACCUGAGGAGGACAUCCAAGAGUCUGCUCCUGUGCCUGAGGAAGAUGGCACCCUGAGUGAGGAUGACAUCCCGGGUACUCCUGCAGAGGUUGUCCCAGAGGAAGUUGAGGGUAUCGUCCCUGAUGUUACAGUAAAAGAUUCAGAAGGAAUCAUGACAGAGGCUCCAGCAGAAGUCACAUCUGAUGAUUUCACCCCAGAAACUGUUGUUGAAGUCACUACAGAGAGUACCCAAGGUACUGCUACUGACGCCACCGAGGAGGCCACAACUGGUUCCUCUGUAGAGGUGACGACCAAGUAUGUAGCGGAGUACAACAACGGCAACUUCCCAGAUCCAACAGAGAGACCAUACGAGGCUGACGACAACUUACUGGGGAACAACGGCUUCGGCUUAGAGGACGAGCAGGAGAACUCGAUUGGUAACGAGAUAGACGACACCUUGCUGAGGCCCCUGAGGCCCCUGAAGGACCAGGUGGUGGAGCUGAGCAUCAAGCUGAGAGGAGAAACCUACAACGAUGCUCUGAGAGACCCGAGCAGCUUCCAGUACCAGCAGCUGUCCAGACACUUCACACGCAGGAUUGAAGACGCCUUCGACAGGCUGCCGGGCUUCAAGAACGUCUACGUGGUCGAGUUCAGGCCACAGAAGGACCUGGAGCGGGGUUUGGUGGUGCUCGUUCACUACGCCGUCACUCUGGAGGUGGACAGCGGCGGCGUCUCCAACGACACGCUGGACUUCAUCUCACUGCAGAACAACCAGGUGGAGAAGAAUUACCCCGGCGCCGCCGAGCAGCCCACCGUCGUCUACACCAUCACGGACUUCCGCAACUACAUCACCGAGGCGCUGCACAAAGACAACUUCAUGACCAACAGCAGCCUGGAGACGCAGAACGACCCGCUGCAGCUGGAGAACGCGGAGAAUUUGUUGCCCGAAGUGAAGCCAACGAGCCGCACAGCCGACACCUUCGACAACAUGGAUAACGUCCUCGCUGCAGAGAAACCGCCCGAUGCUCCGAGCCACGAGGCUGACAACAGCGACGUCUUCCUGAAGAAGGACGACUUCCUGUUUGACCCGUUUGACCCGUUCGACCCGUGGAAAGGCGCUCAGAGCGAGGCGGCGAGCGAGAACGACGUCUUCAUGUUCGACGAGAGCACAGUGCCUCCGGCGCCCGGCGCCCUGCAGCCGGGCGCACAAGACUAUAAUGGAAACAUAGAAAAUGAGGGUUUUCUCCUCAGUAAUUCUCCCGGAGAUGAAACGCCCCGAGGGGACCAUGCGGUCGCUGUUUCCUCUCUGAUAAAGCCUCAAACUGGCUCUGAGGUCUCACCGGACGAUGGGUCUGGUUCUGGUUUCUCUGGAGAUGGGGAGGAGGCAGAUCUCUGGUCAUGGCAGCUGGGUGGGACGUCUGAUCGGGGGGGUGGCAGCCUGGAGGUCCUCCCACCGCCGGAUCUGGAGGAGAUGGAGGAAGACAGAGACGAGGAAGAGGAUGACGUUGUUUUUGAGACGCUACCCAGCAAGAAAGAUGAUUUAAUUGCAAUGGGAGUAGAGUUCACCCGCGCUACCCCUUUACAAACAACGACACUUCCAACACUUGAGAAAUCAAAGGAAGACAGAAACAUCGAAGAACCUUUCUUGGACCGGGUUUUGGUGACACCACACAUCAGCACUGACCCUCAGUACUCCACCACCACCCAGGCACCUGUGUUCUCACCCAAAGGAACCUUGACUGUUGAACUUUCGGUGCACACAGUGGGAGCACCCGGCAUCUACGACGCGUACUUUUUGACUGAACCACAUGGCAAUUUGGCGCCAGCUACAGAAGCUCCUGCACCUGAAUCUUGGACUCGUGAGGCCCCUGUUUUUGCAGGACCAACUGAUGCCGCAGUCAUGCAUCAAGAACCCGCUGAGGAAACAUCUGAGGUGGAGGAAACUCCUGAAGUAGCAACAGCUGGGUCAAGAUCAGAGGAAGAUGUACCUGAGGAGGAGGUGGUUGAAGUUGUUGAGCCUGAAGUCCCUGUUUCUGGCGUUUCACCGACCAAAGAGUCGCCCACCUUUGUAGAAGCACAGCCAGGUACAGUCAAAGAAUCCAGCUUUGAUAUCGUCAGUCUAGAGCCAUCAGAUGUGAAAGUAUUCACUGAAAAACCUGAACUGCUGCUGCCAGGAACUGAACACCCUGAUGAGGUUGAGAUUUUGGAGGAGCAGCACAUCAGCGUUUCUGAUCCUGCAACAAAGAUGCCACCAGUUGCUGCUGUAGAUGAGGACCUGGUUGUGGAUGAAGUCAUGAUUGUCACAACAACUGCCUCUCCAAUGCAAACGUCUUCAUCUGUAAGUUUGGACCACAGCAGCAGCAUCGCACUCUCGCCUGAGAAGGACUCACCAUUCACUCGAGUGUCAGAUUCGGCGCCGGAUGAUGAGGAUCUGGUUUACUAUGAGCACCCAAACCAUGAAGAUGAGGUUCCACUGAGCGCUUCGUCUUUAGAUGUUCCAACUUUGGCACCAUAUGAGGUCAACAAAACGGAAAGUCUUCCAGCAUCAGAUGCUGCAGAAAGGUCACCAGGUGUUUUAGCACAAGACGAAGAUUUGGGUACAACCUUAACAGGAACUUCAGAAGGCGAAGGCGGUGGGGAGAUCCUCCAAACGUCAACAUCCUCACUUCAGGAAGUCAACGACAGCAACCCCGCUACUGAGAUCCAACUCUUAGAGCACAACUUCUCUGAGAUACCGAGCAUCGACGUCAGCUUUGAUGUGUUCCAGUUGGGUGGCGUGGCGACUGAAGGCGAUAGCAGUGGCUUCUCCAGUGGGGCGCAGGGGUCGGACCUGGACGGCAUCGCGUUGCCGACCAGACCGGGCAGAGCACUGACGGUGUUCUUCAGCCUCAGGGUGACCAACAUGGCGUUCUCCAUGGACCUCUUCAACAAGAGCUCCCCCGAGUACAAAGCCCUGGAGCAACGCUUCCUACAGCUGCUGGUUCCGUACCUGCAGUCCAACCUGAACAACUUCCAGAACCUGGAGAUCCUCAACUUCAGGAAUGGCAGCAUCGUGGUGAACAGCCGGAUGAGGUUCGGUAAACCGGUUCCCAGAGGCGUCACCAACGUCGUCUACCUCAUCCUGGAAGAUUUCGCCAAUACGGCCUAUCAGACCAUGAACCUGGCCAUUGACAAGUACUCACUGGACGUCGAGUCAGGUGACAAAGCAGAUCCCUGUAAGUUCCAGGCGUGUAACGAGUUUUCCAGGUGUAUGGUGAAUCAGUGGUCGAGUGAGGCCGAGUGCGUGUGCGACGCCGGGUACCUGAGCGUGGACGGCCUGCCGUGUCAGAGCAUCUGCGAGGUGCAGGACGACUUCUGCCUCAACGACGGCAAAUGUGACAUCAUCCCCGGAAAGGGCGCCAUCUGCAGGUGUCGUGUUGGAGAGAACUGGUGGUACCGCGGCGAGCACUGCGAGGAGUACGUCUCCGAGCCGCUGGUGGUGGGCAUCGCCAUCGCCUCGGUGGCUGGUUUCCUGAUGGUGGCGGCCGGGACCAUCUUCUUCCUGGCCAGGACGCUGCGGGAGCAAUACGACAGGGAGGACACCGAGGACCCGCCAAGACGAGGUGACAGUGUGCCGCGCGCCACCAAAUUCAACCCCAUGUUCGAGAGCGACCCGGUCAGCACCCAGUACUACCGUCGCUAUGACGACGAGCUGCUUCAGUACUAUCGGCGCUACGGCCCUGACCUCGCCCAGUACAGCAGCUCUGUCAGCACCGACGCCUCCAAAGACCUCGGCAGCGAAGAGAUGCGACGCAUCUACCAGAACACGACGCUCACUAAAGAGGAGAUCCAGGAGCGUCUGAGGGUCAUCGAGUUGUGCUCCAGGGAUCCAAACUUUGCAGAUUUUGUGCGACAAACUCAAGUAUUCCUGGAGAGGAGAGGGAGCUCCACCACAUAGCGAGCCGCGAACCGACGACCUCGAGAAACCUGCCUUCGUCUUGGACUCGAGGAAGGAAGAGCAGUUCGUCUUCUGUCGCCUCGCUGCUUUUGAUCGACUCGUAGAGCGACCGGAGGUGAAGGUGAUGAGAUGCUGACCCUUGUGGGAUUAUUUUCUGAGCACUCUUGAACUGAACUUUGACCUCUGCAGGGUCGCCUGCUCCUCCUCCCUUCACCUUUUAUCUUUUCCUGUCUUUGUUUUUAUCACCUGACGUAACACUUCAGUCACUGCUUUUUAAGUUCUUGACAUUUUCACUGCUGAGUACCUCUGUCUUACACUUUCACACGGACUCUGUCGGUUUCAUUCACCUUCAGCUUAAAUUCAAGGGUUUCUGUUUGCGUCCCAACCUGCUCAUCGCUGCUGUCGCAGAAAAAAGAAACACUGAAGGUUUGCUUGUACGAACAUUUUAGCUUCUGUUCAUCAGUGAGAAAGUUUCUUCACCCCAGAAAACUGCUGGAUGUUCUUCUUUUCUUCCUUUUUACUUAAACUUUCUGUGACAGCGGUGACUCGCAGCGCUCUUCCUCGUCAGUGCCUUCACCGCUCUGUUAGCUUUUUUUUGGGAUACGAUGUGUAGAAUCUCAGAGCCCUUGAAGUCGCAUCAGAAUUUCUGUAUUUUCAACUCGGAUCAGUCGACCGCUUGUUUCCUCUUCUGUCUUUUUGUUCGUCCAGUCAGCUGCUUACCGAAUGCGCACGCCGCACGAAUGUUUACAUUUCUCAAUCAAUGCUGGAGUGUUAACUGAUGUGUAGAACAAGUGUAGCCUGUCUGUGUCGUGUAUUUACCGGCGAAUGUUAGCGUGUGGUCGCCCAACAAUGAAAAACAAUCUGUAAACCCAUCGUAGCUGAUAGUGUCUUAAAGUGUUUGUUCAAAAAGCUUUGAAAACAUCAUGUGAUGAAGUUGUAAAAAAUCUUUUGUGUAUUUUUUAUAGUAAUUUUACAAAGAAGCUCAAACUACGACCCCUGAAGUUCCAUCAUGUGAUAUUUUCCUGCUACGCGUCAUAACGGAGACAAUAAGUUCAUGUUUCGUUAUCUUGUUUACAUGUUUCUGUCAUAUCUAGAUGUUCAACUUAUCUUAUUCACAGUAGAUGUUUUGUUUUAAAUUAAUGUUAUGUUGUUGUUCUCUAGAGCUGAGUAUCACUACAGAAAUAAUCCAGUACCAGUCAAACGAUACAUUCAAUGCUUUUUAUACCCAAACUAGAAAAAAAAAAAGAAUAUUUGUUUGGUUUUACUUGCAGCCAAUCACAACAAGCGUUCUUCGAUUUAACGCGACAUGUGAUUGGCUCGUUACAGCUGCAGCUACGACCCACGAACAGUCUGCGCUGAUGAUGCCUCGUUUUACAAUUAAUUAAUAAAUAUUUCAAUAAUCUGAACACUUUCAAAAUGUGUUUGUGUAAAAAUCAUUUGGA